AUGGCACACAUGGCAUUCAGGGAUGUGGCUGUGGAUUUCACCCAGGAAGAGUGGCUGCUGCUGAGCCCUGCUCAGAGGUCGCUGUACAGGGAGGUGAUGCUGGAAAACUACAGCAACCUGGUUUCACUGGGAAUCCCAUUUUCUAAACCAAAGCUCAUCACCCAACUUGAGCAAGGAAAGGAAAGCUGGAGAGAGGAGAGAAAAUGCCCACCAGCCACUUGUCCAGGAGAACCAGCGCCAGAGCUCCACCUGUGUGCUCUCUGCCCUCCGGGUUUCUCCGGUCAGAAGUUCCACGUGCAGCACAUGCUGUGUAGUCAUCCCCCUUGGAUCUUCCCACGCUUGUGCGCAGAAAAUCACGUCCAGGCAGGGGGUCUGUGCCAGGGGGACCAGAGAAAGCAGCAACAAGCCUCUGAUCCAAGUUGCUGGAGUGAUAAAGCAGAAGGUCAAGGGAAAGAAGGCACCAAGCCUUCAUUUGGAAAGACAAAGAAAAGAGCUUUAACAGCAUCAUCCAAGCCACCCCAAAGGCAGCCAGUCAGCUCUAGGAAUGGCAUCAGAGGGGUGGGGACAGAGGCCACCCCGGCCCAGACGGAGAAUCCGGAGGAAACAGAUAAAUUACUGCAGAGGAUAGAAGUCUUGGGAUUUGGAACAGUCAAUUGUGGAGAAUGUGGACUGGGCUUCAGCAAGAUGACAAACCUGCUCAGUCACCAGAGGAUACACUCAGGGGAGAAGCCAUAUGUGUGCGGGGUGUGCGAGAAGGGCUUUAGUCUAAAGAAGAGCCUUGCCAGGCACCAGAAGGCACACUCGGGGGAGAAACCUAUCGUGUGCAGAGAGUGUGGACGGGGAUUUAACAGGAAGUCAACACUCAUCAUACACGAGAGGACACACUCAGGUGAAAAGCCUUAUAUGUGCGGUGAAUGCGGGCGAGGCUUCAGUCAGAAGUCAAACCUCAUCAUACACCAGAGGACACACUCGGGAGAGAAGCCCUACGUGUGCCGGGAGUGCGGGAAAGGCUUUAGCCAGAAGUCAGCGGUCGUUAGACACCAGAGGACGCACCUGGAGGAGAAGACCAUCGUGUGCAGUGAUUGCGGACUAGGCUUCAGUGACAGGUCAAACCUCAUCUCACACCAGAGGACGCACUCGGGGGAGAAGCCUUACGCCUGCAAGGAAUGCGGGCGAUGCUUCAGGCAGAGGACAACCCUUGUCAACCACCAGAGGACACACUCAAAGGAAAAGCCUUAUGUGUGUGGCAUGUGUGGGCACAGCUUUAGCCAGAAUUCAACCCUCAUCUCCCACAGGCGGACGCACACCGGGGAGAAGCCUUACGUGUGUGGGGUGUGUGGGCGAGGCUUUAGCCUGAAGUCACACCUCAAUCGACACCAGAACAUACACUCAGGGGAUAAGCCCAUCGUGUGUAAGGAUUGCGGGCGAGGCUUCAGCCAGCAAUCCAAUCUCAUCAGACACCAGAGGACACACUCAGGGGAAAAGCCCAUGGUGUGCGAGGAGUGCGGGCGAGGCUUCAGCCAGAAGUCAAACCUCAUUGCACACCAGAGGACACACUCAGGGGAAAAGCCAUAUGUGUGCAGAGAGUGUGGGCGAGGCUUUAGUCACCAGGCAGGUCUCAUCAGGCACAAGAGGAAACACUCGAGGGAGAAGCCCUACAUGUGCAAGCAGUGUGGCCUAGGCUUUGGCAACAAGUCGGCUUUAAUCACCCAUAAGUGGGUCCAUUCAAAACAGAAGCCCUGUGUAUGCAGAGUGUGCGGCCAAGGCUUUAUCCAAAAGUCAUACCUCGUCUUACAUCAGAUGACACACCAGGAGGAGAAGCCUUAG